CGGCACCGUGUCGUUUGGGGAGCGUUUUGAAUGGAAAGAGUAAGGAUGUGUCCACCUGUCCGCUUCGGGGACACGGCUGCCCGGGGUCCCUCCUGCAACCCCAAGACCUCUUGCUCCUGCAGGCUCUAGACUUUUCAGUGGGGCAGGACCGACUUCGUCCCUUUUCAUCUUCCCUACCCCUGUUUCGAUGAGGUAACACGAUUAUAAAGGUCGAACUGCAGCCAGGGUUGCAAAAUGCUGCAUGUCCCCUGUCGAGGGCAGCUGCAGCGCGAGGGCGGCCAGCACGGGGUCGGGGCCAAGAGGCUGCGGUCGCCGGGCAGGGCGGGGUGGCCCACUUGCAACUUUCAUUUUCGAAGCUUCAUUUUUUUCUUUUCUGCGGUCGGGUCGGAAAUAUCUCUCCGAGCUCUUCCCACCUCCAGUUCUCUGGGACACUUGAAGAUUAGCGAACCGUACAAUUUGAGCUUUAAGAACCGGACAAGCCUGUAGGUAAAUUGGUGGCGCCGGAUGCCACUGAAUUCUGCGAGGCGGCACCUGCUGAUUAAGCUGAAAUCAAGCCCCAUCUGGCUGUGACCGAUCUCAGCCCAUUGCUUCAGAAACUGUCUACCUGGACCAUGCAGGAGCCACCUUGUUCCCUCAAAGCCAGCUCACAAACUUUACUAAGGAUCUCAUGGAAAAUGUUUAUGGUAAUCCUCACAGUCAGAAUAUCACAAGCAAGCUCACCCAUGACACCGUGGAGCAGGUGCGUUACAGGGUUCUGGCACAUUUUCACACCACGCCCGAGGACUAUAGCAUUAUUUUCACAUCCGGGAGCACGGCUGCCCUCAAACUGGUGGCAGAGGCCUUUCCGUGGGUGUCCAGGGGCCCAGAGAAUGGCGGGAGUCAAUUCUGUUACCUCACCGACAACCACACCUCUGUGGUGGGCAUGAGGAAGGUUGCUGAGGCCAGGAACGUCACGUCCACCUCUGUCAGCCCAGAGGACAUGUGGUCAGCUGAGGUACGGGGUGCCAUGGCCUGUGACCCCAGCUGCCAGCUUCCACACCUCUUCUGUUACCCAGCUCAAAGUAACUUUUCAGGAACCAGAUAUCCCCUCUCCUGGAUAGAGGAGGUCAAGUCCGGGCGGCUGAACCCUGCAAAUGUGCCUGGGAAAUGGUUUGUGCUGCUGGAUGCAGCCUCCUACGUGAGCACCUCGCCUUUGGACCUCUCGGCUCACCAGGCAGACUUUGUCCCCAUCUCCUUCUAUAAGAUCUUCGGAUUCCCCACCGGCUUGGGUGCUCUGCUAAUCAACAAUCGUGUGGCUCCACGACUGAGGAAAAGCUACUUUGGAGGAGGGACCGCUGCUGCCUACCUUGUGGGAGAAGACUUCUACGUCCCGAGGCCUCUGGUGUCUGAAAGGUUUGAAGAUGGCACCAUCUCAUACCUCGACGUGAUAGCGCUGAAACAUGGAUUUGAUGCCCUGGAGCGCCUGACAGGUGGCAUGGAGAACAUUAUGCAGCACACCUUCUCACUGGCUCAGUACACCCACGCCGCCCUGUCCUCUCUCCACUACCUCAACGGAGCCCCAGUGGUGCGGAUUUACAGCGACUCUGAGUUCAGCAGCCCGGACGUUCAGGGUCCAAUCAUCAACUUUAAUGUGCUGGAUAAUGGCGGGAACAUCAUUGGUUACUCCGAGGUGGACAAAAUGGCCAGCCUGUACAACAUCCACCUGCGAACUGGCUGCUUCUGUAACACAGGGGCCUGCCAGAGGCACCUGGGCAUAAGCAACGAGAUGGUCAAGAAGCAUCUUGAGGCUGGUCAUGUCUGUGGAGACAAUGUUGACCUCAUAGAUGGGCAGCCUACGGGCUCCGUGAGGAUUUCCUUUGGGUACAUGUCUACAUUGGAGGACGCCCAGGCAUUUCUCAGGUUCAUUGUAGCCACUCGCCUGUGCUUACCAGGCAGCCAGCCUGUCCCUCAGGCCAGCACCGGGGAAGCUGGAGCCCCAACAACAGAGGGGAAGGCGCAGGACAUGCCCACGGUCACUGGCAGACAUUGUGUCUCACCUCGGGAGGGCACCCGCAUGGGCUCCGGGGUUUGGAAUAACUCCAGCUCCACUGUGAAUAUCGUGGAUUUGUGUGCUUCACUGAGAAAGGCUGUUAGAACCCAGAAGACUCCUUCAGAGAAAGCUGCAGGCAUCCUGCCUGGGGACCGUGGGCCAUACACUGUCACCAACCUUUACCUCUACCCCAUCAAAUCCUGUGCUGCAUUUGAGGUGACCAGGUGGCCCAUAGGAAACCAAGGGCUGCUGUAUGACCGGAGCUGGAUGAUCGUGAAUCACAAUGGCAUUUGCCUGAGUCAGAAGCAGGAGCCAAGCCUUUGCCUGAUCCAGCCCUUCAUUGACCUGCAGCAAAGGAUCAUGGUUGUCAAAGCCAAAGGCAUGGAGCCCAUAGAGGUGCCUCUUGAGGAAGAUAGUGGCCGGGUUCAGAUUUGCCAAAGCACAGUGUGUACAGACAGGAUAAAUGCUUAUGAUUGUGGAGAAAAAAUUUCAAGCUGGUUGUCGAAAUUUUUAGGCCGUCCUUGUCAUUUAAUCAAACAAAGUUCAAACUUUCAACGAAAUGCAAAGAAGAAGCAUGGAAAAGAUCAGUCUACUGGCAUAACAGCCGCCCUUUCUUUGGUGAAUGAGGCACAGUACCUGCUGGUAAACACAUCGAGCAUUCUGGAACUUCAUCAGCAAUUGAUCACCAGUGGUGAGAAUGGAAAGGAGGAAUUAUUCCCAAUGAAAGAUCUCAUCUCACGGUUCCGGGCCAAUAUCAUUAUGAAUGGAACAAGAGCUUUUGAAGAAGAGAAAUGGAAUGAGGCCUCAAUUGGUUCCUUGCAUUUCCAGGUUCUGGGGCCUUGUCACAGAUGCCAGAUGAUUUGCAUCAACCAGCAGACUGGGCAGCGAAACCAAGACGUUUUCCAAAAACUCUCCGAGAGUCGCAAGAGAAAAGUGAACUUCGGUGUGUACCUGAUGCAUACAUCCUUGGAUUCAUCUUCUCCGUGUUUCCUGUCUGUGGGGUCUCAAGUGCUCCCUGUGUUGAAAGAGAAUGUGGAACACCGUGACCUGCCUGCUUCUGAGGAAUGCCGAGAUCUUGUCUCCUAAAAUGUUUUUUUUCCCCCAGAAUGCAUUUAAGGUUUUCUUUUCCAAUGAUUUCUACUGUUAUAAAGAUCUGAGGCUUGGUCCUGUAAAAUUUGGUCUUUGAACCAGGGCAGUUCUUUCUUUUCCUUUGGAAGUAGAGCAUGCUCUCCUCUGGUUCUUCUGACUUCUCACUCAGGUUUGCACUGGUCAUGCCAGAGGAGCAAUUCCAAGGCCUCAGGACUGAAUGCUGUGCCCAUUUGUAUGGGAGCGAGACUCCCAUACAAAUUUGAAUUGUGAUCAUUUGCAGUCAGAUGAGAUUUUUUUUGUGUGUGAGGUGGAGUCUCACUAUAUUUGGGUCUGGCCUUGGGCUCCUAGGCUCAAGUGUAUCUAGUAGCUGAGACUACAGGCAUGCACUAGCUUCAGAUGAAGUUUUGAAUGUAAUUCAUUGGGAUAGUUUAACCAAGUAUAGGUUUUUAUUUGGCCAUUUUCUUAGAAUCCUUAGGAUCUUUCCAGCCUCUUUGUGCUGAGGAAGGGGUCUGUGCCCACUGAUCUUAAUGGUAUAAGAAGGUGCCC